AUGAGCUCCUACCUGGAGUACGUCUCGUGCGGCGGCGGAGGUGGCGGCGGCGACGUGCUCAGCUUCGCGCCCAAGCUCUGUCGCGCCGACGCCCGGCCGGUGGCCCUGCAGCCCGCCUUCCCCCUGAGCGGCGGCGAGGGCGCCUUCGUUAGCUGCCUGCCCCUGCCCGCCGCCGGGGCUCGACCUGCGCCCUCGCCCCCGGCCACACCCGGGCAUCCGCCCGCGCCACCCCUGCCCGCGCCUCCUUACGCGCAGUGCACCCUGGAGGGUGCCUACGAGCCCGGCGCCGCACCUGCUGCGGCAGGCACGGACUACGGCUUUCUGGGGCCCGCGUACGACUUCCCGUGCGCUCUGGGGCGGCCGGCUGACGAUGGAGGGCCGCACGUCCACUACGCCACCUCGGCCGUCUUCUCCAGUGGUGGCUCCUUCCUCCUCAGCGGCCAGGUGGAUUACGCGACCUUCGGCGAACCGGGCCCCUUUCCAGCGUGUACCAAAGAGCCAGUGGACAGCCACCCCGGUCCCUUCCACACCGCAUCCCCGGCUCCUGGCGCCUACCCCAAAUCCGUCUCUCCAGCGUCCGGCCUCCCUGCCGCCUUCAGCACGUUUGAGUGGAUGAAAGUGAAGAGGAACACCCCAAAGAAAAGCAAACUCACGGAGUAUGGGGCCACCAGCCCCUCCAGCGCAAUCCGUACUAAUUUCAGUACCAAGCAACUGACAGAACUGGAGAAAGAGUUUCAUUUUAAUAAGUACUUAACUCGAGCCCGACGCAUAGAGAUAGCCAAUUCCUUGCAGCUGAAUGAUACCCAAGUCAAAAUCUGGUUUCAGAACCGCAGAAUGAAACAGAAGAAAAGAGAACGAGAAGGCCUUCUGGCCACAGCCUCUCCUGUGACCUCUUUCCAACUUCCCCACUCAGGAACGAGCCCCACCAAGUCCCGCAAGAACCCCGAGAGCCCUUCUCAGACCCAAGAGCCUUUAUGA